GACGGGAGAAGCAAAAUCAUCAUUCGUCCCCAUAUGGCAAAUCGGAAUCUGAGGAUGAAUGGUGUGUAGCAGCCGCCCCGCGGGCAUCUGUAACCUAGUGAGCGAGAAUUGCAAUCGCACAUAGCUCAGCGACAUAUUCGUUUAUCUCAAUUGCACCAAGUUCACAAACAUCACGAAACGGAAGCAUGGUGAAAAACCGGGUGUGGUGAAAGUGAUCAAUGGUUUUUUUUCACCUUUCUCUCUUAACGAGAAAAAUAAUAGUGUCUUUCGAAAUGUUUGGUAGUUUGCAUUUUGCGAUGCAAAACGACUGUGUGCUGUGAUUCCUUUCCUGUAUGUGUGUUUAGUCUAAUAAUAAAAGUCUAUUUACACCCGUGGAUGAGCGGGAAAAAUACUCGGUGAUAUUUUUAAAACACACAUCUGUGAAGAGUGAAGUGAAUUGAUAUUGUUGUGGAUCCUCCGAUGGAACAAAACUGAGAGAACGAAUCUGAUACCGAUACAAACCAAACGCACAAAACUUAAUCGAAAGCACGCCUAACACGUAAUCGCCGAUGGCUGAUUACAACGAAAAAAAGAACUUUAAAAUGCAAGACACCUACAUCUCGCCAGGAAUUUCAAGGGAGCGUAGUUUCAUUAGAACUCCUAGCCAGCAGGUAAUAGAUAUGAAUGCCAACAAGAGACGCAGUCUGGCCUUCAGCCAGAGUCAGGCCAUGCAGCAUGCCCAGCAACAGCAGCAGCAACAUAUGCGGGGUAAGCCACCGAUGGAAAUAUAUCGGCCACCAAAUGUGCGCCUGGAUGGACUUCCGAAUCAAAACAACAAGCUCAACGUCCACGCACCGGAGUUCCAGGUGAACAUGUUGAAUGACAAUCGUAUCCCACUGCAAAGCGCAAGGUCCCUCAACAUUUACAGUAGUUCUCUGCAGCACUCAAAGUCAAACGCUAGCAUGCCACUGAAUUUACACUCUCGAGCGCAUCAACUGCAACUGGGCAACAUCGGCAGUCCUCAGCGGGGACCGAUUAUGAUGUCUAAUCACCCGAUGCAACAUGUUGGUGUGCAACUUCAGUCGUCUCAUAUGCCCCUGGUCAACUCACCAUCCAGCGGAAAUAUUUUACACUCUGGACCAAGAGUAAAAUUCGCCCCGGAACCUACAAUACACGAUAACAGCAGUUUCCAAGCACAGAACACCAACAUCAACAACAACUCUCUGUCGGCAAUGCUUCAGAACAAUCAAAACAACAACAGCAAUAACAACCCAAUGAAUAUCACACCUUUGCAGCGCUCGAAAUCCCUUUCAUCCGCCGAUACGUUGACACGUGGUCUAGCUGGCCUCGGUCUCGCCGUCGGACCGGAUGCAAACGACAUCGGCCAGUUUUCGCCCGAUAUACAAGCCAUCGUCAACAAGGCAUCCGAGGAUCCUAAUCAGCUGAACGCACGAUGUCUGAUGGAAUUGGCAACGCAGCUGAUGCAACGUGCAGUAGACGGGCGGCGAUUCGCACUUCCCAUCUCAAGACUUUGCAUUUCGAUCAUCGCUAAGGAAAAGAAGGAAACAUUUUUGGAAGCCUUACUGAAUACGUGCCGUCAGUGGUACCAAGAACGUGAUAAGGUGCUGGGCCCACCAAUGAACGUUAAGAAUCCAUCACGUCCACGUUUCACCGCCUUUAUGGCAUUUCUCACCGAAAUGUUCUGCCAGCUGAAGCGCCGUCAGCUGCAGCUUCGUACGGAGUGUGAUGGCGUUCCGCCACCUAUGGUUCUGUUGACCUUAUUGGGCAAAUGUUGCGAGGAUUGCGUUAAACCACCAGUUCGGUCACUCUCUGAGAUUGAAUGUUUGUUCUUUGUGUUGACCUGCAUAGGCCGCGAUCUGGAAACCCAUCUGCCUCAGCAACUGGAAACCCUUCUAGCCGCUGUUCGGGAUGCAUUCCUCAACUCAUCUGCAUCGGCCCCAGCCAUACGUCGCACGUUGCUGCAGUUAAUUGAAUUGCAAGCCUCUAGAUGGCAGCUGCCCGGGAACACUGUACUGUAUUACUAUCCCUCCUCGAAAUAAGCAGCUCCUAGAACAAGAGAACUACUGCAUUGCAAUUCUUGCAAAUUAAGUAUUCUCGAAUUUGAUGGACUGCCAGUCUGGUUGGCUUACCCACGAAGUUUUCUACCAUGAUUUGACGUAUCAUCACCACCAACAACAACUACGCAACUACUACCAGUACCACUCAAGGUGUUGGAGAACGGAGAACUUUUGUCGAACAAAACUGAAAACGAACGCUUUAUCGAACGGUAGAGAGAACGAAACACACUGGAAGUGAAGCUACAUAGCAAACGACACGAUCAGACUACAUUCCAUCAAAGAAACACUAACAAUGAACGCAAGGAAAGAAGUUAUCUAUUGCCAUAUUACUCAUCUCUACAUGAAGGACUUUUGUUGUUUUUUUUCAGUUUUUGUACUGCUUAUAUUACGAACUUCUGAGAAUUAGAUUGUUAAGAUUUGAAAAAACGAAAUUUCACAAGAUUGUGUUAAACUAGAACGAGUCAAUUGAUACAUUUAUUAAAAAAUAUCAUAGACCUUUUUUUAUUAUACGAGAGGUAACAAACUAGUCAUGUUUACAUUAUACUGUUUAGGGAAGAAAUGUCCAAUGCUUACACGCAUACUUUAGGAGAGAACCAAAAACAUAUAAGAGCAAACCGACUGACUAACAUCCUCUGGUUUUACCACUAUGCCUAUCCUCAUUACGAAUAAUCAACCAGUGCACCCUAACUCUUAUGUCACGUAUCAUUGCACUGAAUGAUAAUUAAGCUCUGAUUAAUUUAUUUAACUUAUUAUAAAUGCAUGGUUCAUUUUAAUAUUAAUAUGUUGAAAACGGUAAAAUGCGGAAGAUAUGAAUGGUUAUGAUGAUGAUGGCGGUAAACCGAUGUUUUUAAAUUCAAUUUCGAGAAAAAAAUUAACUGUGACGGAAUUUGUCUGUGCUAGGAUAAUCACUAAUCCCCUGGUACUGGAAAGCAAACGAGGUGUUGCUUUUUGGGCUCUGUAGCAGUCAUUCAUAUUUUAGCGAAUUUUGUGCAGAAAUUUAUCAUAAGGAAGAGAAGAAGAGAGACAACAAAUAAUCAGUCCCAUUAUCAAUACAGA